AUGUUUAUUUUGAUUUGCUACUGCAAUAAACCCUGUCCCGCCGGUGCCACAUUGGUGAACUGUUCAAUAUGCGUUUGCAAUGGUUCCGUAUUGUACGGCCGCGUGACGACUACCAAUGGCAUACCUCUGAACGCUGCGGCAGUUUUUCACGAAGAUAAGCAGUGGGAGGCCAUCACCGUGACGAAUCAGUGGGGAGAAUUUUCGGUGCCGAAUGUCUGUACAAGAGGAAUAAGUUAUGUCAUCAGAGCACCAUUCUUCUUUGAAAAACGUGACGUUGCCAUAGAAGUCAAUAGCACGCAUGCGCGAUUGAACGUGUCUCUUAGUCGUAAAGAGCCUCCCAAAUUCACAGACCAUCCCUAUAGCACGGCAGCUUUGGUAGGCCAGUCGGUGACAUUUUGUUGCAACGCAACAGGACAUGAUGAAAACCUGCAUUACCUGUGGUACAAAGAUAAUAGAUUGCUGGAAGAUGCACAACAAGGGGCUGGAAAUGUUCUGACCCUCGGCAAGGUCACUCAACAGGAUUCUGGAUCGUACCAGUGCCAGGCAGUGUCACCGUCAGGGAAGACCAUGUCAAAACCCGCUGAGUUAACCGUAUAUGUGAAUGAUUUUGACGCCUGCUCCAGAUCACUGACGUCAAAGAAGGUGGAUCUAUUGCCUGGAUGUCACGUGAACAACUCCGUCACGGGAGCACGUGACACGACGAUAGACAUUGGAGAAUGUGCCGCCAACAGAUGCGUCCUCUCUUCCGAAACUCCCUCGCCUGCAUGCAACAGUAGUAAAAACUCCUCGUCUUCAUGUUGUAAGCCAAACGAAAGGGAAACUAUAAAUGUGACGUGUAAUGACGGAACACAAUACGUCAUGUACAAAAUUACGUCAUGCGGAUGUGUGAAUUGUUACGAUGACGUCACAAAAGCAUUUGUAAGUGGAAUUAUUUACGGGAAGAAAAACAACGAAAUUAUCCCUUUACAGUACGGGACCAUUUAUUACAAAGGGAAACAGUAUGCCAAAACAACCAGCGACGGAAAAUUUCACUUUAGAGUUCCCGAAAAGGUUGAGAGAUUUGCAGUUGAAAUUAAGGACGGCCCUUUCAGACGUCUGUCAACUACGGUUAAAGUUUUACAGUACCAAUCCGGCUUAACGGCCUAUCAGUCUAUACAGGUACCCUUAAACCCUGAUCCGGUAGUACUGACGCUCAACAAAACAAACAGUGUCAACAUAAUCGGUUCGGACUCGUCUCCGGUUGGGACCCUGCAAGUUGACGCUGGCUCCGUCGUGGACAAAAACGGAAAAAUAUUUUCUCGAGAAGCUCGACUUCUCUUGUCAUUUCAAGACACCAGAGACCUCGAAGGAAUCACAGAGUCCCCAGGAGAAUUCGUAACGAUGAGCGAAGAAGGGGAAACCGACCCCUUGAGAACUUUUGGGACAUUUUCACUGCGGUUUGAGGACACAAGAAGAAACCAAUUGUUCGUGACAAAACCUAUUCAGCUUCAGUUUGACCCCGACAAGGUCAAGGCUAUGUCGGAAAACAAUGAACUCACGGAUGUUAAAUUAUGGGGUCUCGAUAAAAAUACCGGAGCGUGGGUGGAGGUGGGACCCCUUUCCCAACGGGAAGAUGUUACAGAGGAAGGGUUGAGACGCACAGGUAGAAGGCUACUUCAAACACAACCGCGAUCCUUCAUCGCUGGGACAAUCCCUACCCCAGUGUUGUACGAUUAUUACAAUUUAGACAUCAGAGAAAACAACACCAUUCAGUGCCACGUGAAAGUUGGCGCCUACGAUGACGUCAGCAAGACGAGUCCCGUUUCUGGUUUGAAUGCCUACAUCCUGACCAAAAGCAGCACUACCGGAAACUGGAUCGGUUACAGUCGCACAUGUAUUCAAAACGGAAAAGCAUGCCUAAGAACUUUCUGCCCCAACGCCGAGGGUUUCAUCUUCUCGGAGGCCAAAGGGCCAGCAGGGUCUCCCCAGCGACUCCUGGCGGACAUCUCUGACUACAACCAGUACGUCAUCGUGAACCAUACGGAUGUGUAUUACGAAUCUCCCCGAAAUGUACCCAGUCGGGCAUUUUAUCGAGAUCUUCCGUCAUGCUACAGCCCGGAGAGUAAAGAUCACUUGAAAUUCUAUGUCCCUGUCAGAAGGGAAUGCAGUGUUUAUAGGAAGAAUGAAGCCCAGUGGAGAGUGCCGGAGAGAACGACUGCCCGGUACGCUGCCUGUUUCGUCCGAGUCAAAGUUAUGGGACCGAUUGAAUUUAAAGCAGCAGUUAUAGCUAGUAGUGAAUUAAACGAGAAUGGGUUCAAUACCGAAGACUUUGGCACCUCCACCUGCGACUCCGACCGAGCAGCAAGAUCUCAUUUCCACUGCCUAGAGUUCAGAUGUGCUGGUGACGUCAUAGUACCUGGUGACGUCACAGCGCACUAUAAACCGAGGGCAAACAUAACCGUGACGCUUAAAGUGUCAGCAAAGGAGGCAAACACGAAUCGGACUCUCCGAUGCAUUCACAGGUCCACUCACUCUAGGCUUGGCAACUUGAUUCCAAUCAGCAGCAUCCCAAAUACUGCCUCCUUUUUGUCCACCAUAGGAGACAAUUUCGGGUUUUCCCAGGGCAUACCAAGGGCUGUGAACACGGAUUACGAGAUCUCGCGAGAGGAUGCAAAGGACAGGUGCGAAAACGAGGCUGAGGAUGCUCUUGAGUUUUACUGUCUUGGAGCUUCGGAAGAACACUGCAUCAUGACGAACCGGGUCUCGGGGCAAGCGUACACGAAAGCUCUGACGUCACGGUACAGUCCCGCCACCUCCAUAGCCCAGUGUAAUGCCAUUUGUCUCUCAAUACCGGAGUGCGUGGCUGCAACGUACACGUUCGGCUUCUCUGUUUGCGCCAUCUACGAGGACGUGCAGGGGGUUGCGCUAGAACCGUUCUUCGGUGUGUCUACUUCUCAAAAACUAUGCUCCAAAUCUUCAGAAUCUACGUGCACAAUCUCUGAACGACUCCCCGGCCAGACGUACAAUGGAGAGGCCGGCACCGAGCAGACUGUGACGUCAUCUCGUGAGUGCGAGGCUGUAUGCACCUACGCACAGGACUGCAAGGCAGCAACGUAUCUCUCCGCCACGAGAUUGUGCACUACUUUCACUGAUCUCAGCAGACGACAGUUAGUGAACAUUGAUGGGGGUAUAACUUUUGUGAAAUCGUGCACAUAGAGAUCUUUGUAGCUAUGGAGGAUGGUUUGCGUGUCAAACUCGGCUGCGAAACGUGAUCAAAAUUAUUGAAGACAGGAGGUCAAGGCGAAGUGAAUUAAUUUCUCAUAAUCUCUGUGCCUGGAUUAUAGGCAAUGAUAUUUUAUUUCGUUUAAUGGAGUUAAUUUUAUCCGUUCAAAAUGUUAUUUUUCACAACACAAGUUUUCCACUGGUGCUUUUAAUUCGGCCAUUAACAAAAAUUAUGGUAACAUUUGCAUAAAAGCAACAAUGUAUAGAUUAUUUUAGUUAGUAAGUUAGUUAGUAAGUGGUAGUUAGUUUGAAAUGUAUUAUUUAUCAACUGAGAAAAGUUGUUUUGUUCGUACAAAGAUUUGUUUAUUUGCUGUCAUUAUCUACUUUUAUUUGAUUUCGGUUUUAUCAACU